CAGAAAAUGUCAAGAAGAAGCCUCGGGCACGGCUAGUGAACCACCCGGAUCGUGGGGCUGCGUGGGCUGCGUGGGCUGAAUCCCGCUCACAUAUUCUUCCCUCUCUCUCUCACCACACACAGAAGUAGUGCCCAGCCCAGCCCAGCAAGCAUGACAGACCGCCGUGUGAUCCUGUAUGGCUACCGCGAGUCGCCCUUCUACCGCAAGGCGCAGGUACUCCUGGCCCACUACGGCGUGCCGUACGACACGGUCAAGACGGCCAUGAUGCCGCCCCGGCCGAUGCUCUCCGACGAGCUCGGCAUCACCUACCGCCGCAUCCCCGUCCUCGCCCUCGACGGCGAGCUGUACAUCGACACGAGCGCCAUCGCCCGCAAGCUCGAGGAGACAUUCGGCGCCGGUCGCGACGCGUCGCUGCUGACCGUCCAUGCGGAGCUGCAGCGGAGGCUCGUCUUGCACUGGUCCGACAACGUCUUGUUUGGCCUCGCUGCGAGCCUGAUUUCCGCCAAGGCGGUCACGCCCGAAUUCAUCAAGGACCGCCAGUCGUUCAACAACGGCCGGCCGACCAUCGGGCGCGCGGAUCCCGUGCAGGUGCAUGCCUCGCUCGCUGCCUCGCUCCACUCCCUCGACGCCGCCCUGGCACAGAGCAGCACGGGCUGGACCAUGGGCACGCGCACGCCCCAGUACGUCGACCUUGGCAUCUACUUUAUCCUCGACUAUGUCCAGACGGGCCAGCGCAGCGCGCCGGACCUCCUGCCGCUGCCGGGCAAGUCGGGGGCUAGUCCGCCCCUGUUCCCCAACGUGCUCAAGUGGCUCGAUGCAGCACGGCAGCACCUCAAGCAGCGCACCGCUGCGCUGCCUGCGCCCCGCGAACUGAACCCGACCGACGCCGCGCGCCACAUCACCGCGACGGGCGCACGGGCCGCCGAGGCGGCAGGGCGUGCCCAGCAGGCUGUCUCGCGCGACGACCCCCUCGUCAAGGCCGGCCGGCUCGCCUUUGGCGACGACGUCUUGGUCGCGCCCACCGACGCAGGCAAGGUGCCGCAAAAGGGCACCCUCUGCGCACUCUCUCCCACCGGCAUCAGCAUCCUCGUCGAGGCAGGCCCAAACUCUGGCAGAAAGCACGUUCUCACCCACUUCCCACGCACCAACUUCGGCGUCGUCCGGACGGCCGAUGUGCCGCCGCCCUCUUCCAAGCUGUAGCAGCCAACAAUAUCGCUUUGGUAGAAUGAUGAUGAUGGAGGAUACAAGUACAUGUUUAUUUCUUUUUGUUGUGUCUACUCCCAGUCCAUGCCCUCAAAGGAGCCCUUGAU